CCAGACUGGCUCUCUAUGACAGACACAGAGCGCCAAACCCGCCACGCAGCCCGUCCUACUGCUCCACCUCGCGCUCCUCCACCUCACUCUUCAUCCAGCCAGCCCUCCUCCUCUUCCUCUCUCUCUCUCUUUCUCUCCGAGCCAAGAAUGCUCCAGCUUCGCCAGGGCGCGCUCGCGCUGCUCAUGUGGCUCGCGCACUUCGUGGAGGAGCACCGAGUUCAGGGUGGGAACUGCUGGUUGGAGCAGGGGAAGAACGGGAGGUGCCAGGUGCUCUACAUGUCGGGGAUGAGUCGCGAGGAGUGCUGCCGGAGCGAGAGGCUGGGGACGGCGUGGACCGAGGAGGACGUGGGCAGCAAUACUCUGUUCCGCUGGCUUCUUCUGAACGGAGGAGCUCCAAACUGUAUACCCUGUAAAGAGACGUGUGAUAACGUGGACUGUGGUCCGGGGAAGCGGUGUAAGAUGAAUAAGAGGAACAGGCCGAGGUGUGUUUGCGCUCCAGACUGCUCCAGCUCCACCUUUAAAGGCCCGGUCUGCGGUUCCGACGGGAAAACGUACCGGAACGAAUGUGCUCUGCUCAGAGCCAAGUGCAAGAGAUACCCCAACCUGGUGGCCCAGUACCAGGGCAAGUGCAGGAAAACCUGCGAGGACGUCCGCUGCCCGGGCAGCUCCACCUGCGUAGUGGAUCAGAUCAACAACGCGUACUGUGUGACCUGCAACCGCCUGUGCCCUGAACUGACCUCACCUGAGCAGUACCUGUGCGGGAACGACGGCGUGGUGUACGCCAGCGCCUGCCACCUCAGAAGAGCCACCUGUAUUCUGGGGAGGUCCAUCGGGGUCGCAUAUGAGGGGAAGUGCAUAGAUGCACAGUCUUGUAAUGAUAUCCGCUGUCCCGAGGGGAAGACGUGUCUGUGGGACGCUCGGACGGGACGAGGACGCUGCUCCGCCUGUGAAGAGGACUGUCCAGAGAGCCGUCCCGGAGACAGCGUCUGCGCCAGCGACAACACCACCUACCCCAGCGAGUGCACCAUGCGGCGGGCGGCCUGCUCGCUCGGACGCGUCCUGGAGGUCAAACACUCCGGAUCCUGCAACUGCGUAGACCACUGACCCGUCUGAACCCCUGCCCCCCCUCAGUCCCGCCACACGAGGCUACCCACCUGCUUUCUUGUGCCAAUCAGAAAAAAGCAUUAUCAUUUCAGAUGCUUUGUCGGACCGCUAACCAUUCAUGGUUCUUUUUUUGUAAAAAAAAAAAAAAAGAUGAGAAAGACUUUUUCUUGUUGAUUAAAAGCCAUGCGGUGAGUGUGCGUGUGAGUGUGUGUGAGUGUGUGUGCUGUUGUGUUUGGUACUGAUGCAACAGCUGCUGUGUUCCUCCGUGUAGCCAUCACGGAGCUGACGGAGGAAGAGGAGGAUGAGGAGGAAGAAGAGGAGGAUGAAGAAGAAGAAGAAGAGGAGGAUGAAGAUUAGGACUGCACGGAUUAUGCUCACGGUUCUGCGCCGGACUCUCGACAGAGUGCAGAGUCAGUAUUCAGACUGUAAAUAAGACAUACGCCUAUUUAUUUUCCAGGGAAAGAAAGAAAAGUGGAAGAUUUCAUAUAGCUCUGUCUUCUGGAUGUUUAUUUAUACAUAUUUUUGUUCUUUUUUAUUUAUAUUUCAUUUAUAGUGUCUGACUGACUAUCUUUUGUCUUCUGUAUAUUAUCCUCAAAAACCACACUAUUUAUUAUAAGGUGCAAUGUGUUACGUAAAAAAAAUAAGAAGUAUAUUAAUUUCUAUAUAUAUAGCGGUUGGACAAUGAAACUGAAACACCUGUCAUUUUAGUGUGGGAGGUUUCAUGGCUAAAUUGGAGCAGCCUGGUGACCAAUCUUCAUUAAUUGCGCAUUGCACCAGUAAGAGCAGAGUGUGAAGGUUCAAUUAGCAGGGUAAGAGCACAGUUUUACUCAAAAUAUUGCAAUGCACACAAAAUUAUGGGAGACAUAGCAGAGUUCAAAAGAGGACAAAUUGUUGGUGCACGUCUUGCUGGCGCAUCUGUGACCAAGACAGCAAGUCUUUGUGAUGCAUCAAGAGCCACGGUAUCCAGGGUAAUGUCAGCAUACGACCAAGAAGAACCAACCACAUCCAACAGGAUUAACUGUGGAUGCUGUAAGAGGAAGCUGUCUGAAAGGGGUGUUCGGGUGCUAACCCGGAUUGUAUUCAAAAAAACAUAAAACCACGGCUGAACCCAAAUCACGGCAGACUUCAUUGUGCACCUCAACUGUCCAUAACCACAAUAAAUUAUUGUGGUCUAAAACCAGGUGUUAAUUCAGUUAAAUUGUCCAACCUCUGUAUAUAUAAAUAGGUGUCAUUUUUACAGUAUAUACAGCCAUGUGAAUUAUUGUAUGUAAAAUUAGAACAGUCCAUGAACAUCAACGACUUAUAUAGACAUGCAUUAAAAAUAAAAUUUUUUGGAGUAAAUUUUACUUUUACUUUCUUUAUAAAACAGAAAUACAUACAUAUCCUCACAGUUCUAGGGUUACUUCCACAUUAAAUCCACAUGGUCAUUAAUACUUUACACCCUGCGCAAGGGGCAUUGCGUUGCUCAUUGCUAUCUUACACCCCACCAUCCAUCUCCCUCUGUUUGGUUUGGUUUGGUUUCACACAGACAUAAACCGAAACACACCAAAAUAUGCACCAAUAAACCACACAAGCUCACUUGUCACCUCUGAUUGGCCAGAGCAAGUGUUUGGUAUGGGAGCAAGACAGUAAAUAUAUAUUCCAGCAUGUAUAUAUCUGUACAGUGUAAAGCUCCGCCGAAAAUUUUGAGUUUUCAGUGGGAUGUGCAGCGCAGAUGUGCACGUAGUAAACAGAGUCAAGCGGCUGCAAGCAGUGAACGCAGCGCAUACUGCGCUCCUAGUGUGUAAACAGCAUGGAGUGAUAGUGUUUGUUCAAAGCUGUAGUAAUUAGUGUUAUAUGGCUAAUUACUGUUUUUACACCUGCUCAAUCAAAUCAAACUAAACCCUAUCUGGACAGGAUUAGUUUCUCAGGGGGUCCUGGGUUAAUUUUUUAAAUCUCUUUUAUGGGUAUUUGUCCACUGCAGCGCACUGUAAUUACACUUUGCGCAAAGAGAUUCCACAGAGAUCCAUGUAAAAACACAACAGCGAAUGGAAAUGGAGGAGCUACUGAACGUCGCAAUGUCAUGUGACCGAAAAAAGUAAAAAAAAACCUCACUGGUCCUCCUGUUUUUUCAAUUGCAGUCCAGAUGCAGGAGUUUUAUCACUAUAUAGAAAAAGUGAGAAAUAUUUUUCACAGACGUCCCCCUGAGAAACUAACCAAAAAGCGCUGGUGUGAAAACGCUCUAAAUGAAGCUCAGAUGUCUGUAUGUCUAUAAGCUUUUCACAGGGUGUUCUAACUUUCUCACAUGGCUGUAUAUAUCUGUAUCUGCCUGGCUGUGUGUGUGAGUGUGUGUGCACCAGUGUGUAUGUAUGAGUGUGUGUGUUUUUGUGUUUGUUGGAAAGUUAAUGCUCACUAAUAAAUGGACGUUUUAAGUGGAUCUGGUUCUGUUUACAAUCAAUUCUGUCCUAAACAGCUCAGCCAUUAAACUCUUUAUACGCUUUUUAAUUCACUCUUCUACAAACACAGCGUCAUUAGAAGUGAAAGAAUAAAGUGAGGGAGAGAAGAAAAACACAUGGACCUUAAAAUGCCAUAAUAAUGCUUGAAUGCAGUGUUUUUAAUUUUUGUUGACUUUUUUUGUUUGUAUUUUUGCCAACACUUUUAAUGCAGUCGAUGCUCUUAAAUGUAAAUGGCGCUACUUUGUUUGUAUCGCAAACUGUAUAGGAUUAACUAUAUCAGUAAUCUUAUAAUAAUUUGUUUAUUUUUAAUGUUCUGUUGUUCCUUUUUGUCCUUUUUUAUUUUUUCUGAUGAUUUUUUUUUUUUUUACAAUUUUUGAGAUUCAUUUAUAAAUGUAUAGUUCUGUUUUUUAUUGUUACGUGUACAUAAAAGUAAUGAUGCCAUUUGUAAACAUGCAUUACGAGUAAAAACUGAGGAAAAAAUA